UUGUGCCCCUCACCGUCUCCAUAGGAAUCCUGCUUUCCCAGUCAGCGUCCAGUUCUGUCCUCUCCUAGUCCGAGGUGCGGCCUUGCUCUUCUCCCUGAGGAGAGACCGAGUUCCCACGAUGGCCCGCCUGGAGCCCCCAGCUGGCUUUGGGGGCACUUUCCGAACCCAGCUCUCUUUAGGACCCAGGGGAAGUCAUUUACCCCACGCCUGUCCCCUGGUUGAGUUCCUGGUUUCAGAGGUGGGAAGAGCCAUCACCGUACAGGUGACAGUGGUUCCUGUGUCCAGAAUCCAGGCUAGAAGCCUCUUGUGCCCCGAUCUUAGGGUUAACUCCCAGAUUGAACUACCAUGAAACUGCACCAAAAGUCCGUGCUCAGUUUCUUCCACGGAUACAGAACACAGGCUCCAGACCGGGAGGGCAUCUUGCUAAAGAAGGGAGCCCGAAGUAUCAGCUAUCAACGCCGCUGGUUUGUCCUCCGGGGAAACCUCCUCUUCUACCUGGAGCACCAGGCAGACCGCACACCCCUGGGCCUCAUCCUCUUAGAAAACUGCCAGGUGGAGCCACGCCUCGGGGCCACAGAACCCUAUGCCUUUACCAUCUUGACCCCCAGGGUUGAGGGCACAGAAGGUGGGCGGACCUACAAGCUGGCAGCAGAAAACCAGGGAGAGCUGGCAGCGUGGCUGUGGGCACUGGCUGGGGUGAGCUGGAGGCGGCUGAUGGCGCUACUACCCCCACUGGAAGCCCAGUACCGGGAGCUGUGCCAGGCAGCUGGCCAAGAACCCAGCUCACCCCCAGAGGACUGUGGCUUCCUAGCCACCCUCAGUCCCCCCCUCCAGCUUCCAGGAGUUGCACGAGCACUUUGGGAAAGAGAUCCGGGUGCUGCAGGUGGUGCGUAGAGGACUCCAGUCCAGUGACAACAGAGGCAGCAGAUCCCAGGCAAAGGGGGAGCAGGAGCCCAACAGUUGUUGAUGAGUGACUGAAAGAUGGACCAAAGGCCAAACGGUCCCUCCCUGCCAAGACCAGCUGAGUGCUUCAGCAGACACCCAGAUCCUGGCCUGCUCCAUUGUUUCCUCCCCACCCCCACCCCACCUAGUUCUUAUUCUAACUCCCUUUAUCAAAUAACAAGGCAGGAGACAGGCCCAGGUACAACA